UGCGUCACGGUGCGCCCCGGACUCUCCACGCUGCAUGUUAAUUGUGGGCAGAGCAGCAUGUGAUCCUCCGUCCUCCAGUAGUCCUCCGAGCGCUCAGUCCACACCACACCGACACACAAGUACUGCCCGGCGGAUGUACUCAUGCUUCUCCACUUAUUUUCUGCGUUCAUAAUAAACCCUGGAUAUUGUUGAUCGCUGCUAAAGACUCACGCCUCCCUGAUGCCUAAGAACAUCAAGGUGACGCAGCGCGAGCAGAGCCAUGAGCACGUCACAGAGUCGGUGGCCGAUCUGCUCGCACACGAGGAGACGCUCGACUACAAGAACAGCUCCCUGAACGUUGGAGGGGAUGCCGGGAAAAAGGUCCCGCAGAUAGAGUUGCCUGAAAACGAUGGACGCCCAGCCUGGAACAGCAAACUGCAGUACAUCCUGGCACAGGUUGGCUUCUCUGUGGGCCUGGGCAACGUGUGGCGCUUCCCUUACCUGUGCCAGAAGAACGGAGGAGGUGCCUAUCUGGUUCCCUACUUCAUCCUCCUCCUCCUCAUUGGCAUCCCGCUCUUCUUCAUGGAGCUGGCUGUGGGUCAGAAGAUCCGGCGUGGGAGCAUCGGGGUCUGGAACUAUGUCUGUCCCAGUCUGGGCGGUAUAGGGGUGUCCAGUCUGAUGGUGUGUGGCUUUGUAGGUCUCUACUAUAAUGUGAUCAUCGGCUGGAGCAUCUUCUAUUUCUUCCAGUCCUUCCAGUAUCCUCUUCCAUGGAGCGAAUGUCCAAUCAGAAGGAACGGGACACUUGCCAUUCUGGAGCCGGAGUGCGAAAAAAGCUCGGCCACGACCUACUUCUGGUACCGUCAGACUCUGAACAUCACCAGCACCAUCGCAGAGAGCGGCGGCCUCAAUGUGAAAAUGACCCUGUCUCUACUGGUGGCCUGGAUCAUCGUCUGCCUCGCCGUCAUCAGAGGGAUCGCCUCCUCUGGGAAGGUGAUGUACUUCAGCUCUCUUUUCCCCUAUGUGGUGCUGUUCUGUUUUCUGAUCCGAGGUUUGAUGCUGAAGGGCUCAGUGGAUGGCAUCGCUCACAUGUUCACUCCCAAGUUGGAGAAGAUGCUGGAGCCGCAGGUGUGGAGGGAGGCGGCCACCCAGGUGUUCUUCGCCCUGGGGCUGGGGUUUGGAGGAGUCAUAGCCUUCUCCAGUUACAAUAAGAUUGAUAACAACUGUCAUUUUGAUGCAGUGCUCGUCUCUUUCAUCAACUUCGUCACUUCCAUUCUGGCCACGCUGGUAGUGUUCGCCGUGCUGGGCUUCAAGGCCAACAUCAUGAAUGAAAAGUGUAUCGUAGAGAAUUCAGAGAAGAUCCUGGGAUACCUCAACUCUAACGUCCUGAGCCACGAUCUCAUCCCUCCACAUGUAAACUUCUCCCAAAUCACCACAUCAGACUACGCUGAGAUGUACGGCGUCAUCAAGACAGUAAAAGAGGGCAGCUUCGCCCAGCUAGGUCUGGAGCCUUGUCUCCUGGAGGACGAGCUCAACAAGUCUGUUCAGGGCACCGGCCUAGCCUUUAUCGCCUUCACAGAGGCCAUGACCCAUUUCCCGGCGUCUCCGUUCUGGUCAGUAAUGUUCUUCUUCAUGCUCAUCAACCUCGGUCUGGGCAGCAUGAUCGGCACCAUGACCGGCAUCACCACACCUGUCCUCGACAGCUACAAGGUCCAGAAGGAGCUUUUCACAGUGUGUUGCUGCAUUGUGGCCUUCUUCUGUGGUCUGUUGUUUGUUCAACGCUCAGGGAAUUACUAUGUCACAAUGUUUGACGACUACUCUGCCGGACUGCCUCUCACAGUAGUGGUCAUCCUGGAGAAUGUGUCUGUCGCUUGGAUUUAUGGCACAAAAAGGUUCAUGCAGGAUCUGGAGGACAUGUUGGGUUUUCGACCAUGUAUAAUCUAUUUCUACCUGUGGAAGUACGUCUCCCCUCUGUGUCUCAUUGUGCUCAUCGCAGCCACUGUCGUAGAGAUGGCCAUCAGUCCACCAGGAUACAAUGCCUGGGUCGAAGAGCUGGCCCAGGAACGCUUCGAGAGUUAUCCUCCCUGGGCACUGGGCAUGUGCUUCUCUCUCAUCAUCGUGGCCAUGCUUCCUCUUCCUGUUGUCUACAUCGCCCGUCGCUUCAACCUAAUGUCAGACGGCUCCAACAAGCUGUCUGUCUCCUACCGUAAAACCAUGAUGAAGGACAUAUCCAACCUGGAGGAGCAGGACGAGUCCAGAUUCAUUCUCGGCGCCAAGCCCGGCGAGGCGCCACCAUCAGCGCCAGCAAGCAGGGCCUUCCUGACUCCAGGAGGCACCAAAACCCUGGACACCAACUCCCUGUCUCCAAACAUCUGCUACGGUACGAGUUACCAGAACGCUGCCAUCAGCCCCACCACACCGACUACACCGACCACGCCCGCCACACCAGAGUCUGACUCUUGACUGCUGUCCAAACAACACUCUGACACCCAGUCCUGUAGCACAGUUCACCGUCUAGCCAUGAAGUUUCUACCGAGGGUCACUGCAGAGCCGAGAAUCCCCACCACUGCCCUACUAACGCUACAAAACUGUAUGUAGCCGCCCAAUUUAUCUGAACACACUCUUCUCAAAAUAACACCAAGGAACCACCUGCAGCAGGAGGUUAAAAAAAAGACUAAAGUCACUCUUAACAGUAGAUCAAACAUAUCAGAAUGAGAUUUGUAUUUAUUCUGUAUAUAACAUCAAAGAGUUUAUUAAGAUAAAGUUCUGUGAUCUGCCUUAGUAUAAGGAUCCUCAGCAGACACAGCCCCCCCCCCAACACACACACACACACACACACACACACACACACACACACACACUCACGCAGUUUAAUGCACAUCCCCGUGGAUGAGUUCAGGGGAUCUGAAAGAAUGAAUGUAGAGGAGCCGGUGUGGUCCUGCUGGUUAAACUAUUUUUUUUCUGUACACUGGGCAAAGAGAGCCAAGAUGAAUGUGAGUUUAAUUAUUUUAUGGAUUAAAGCCUGUCCUCCCUAGUGGUACAGUGUGUCAAAGCCAUACAGUUCAAGUUCUUUUCUAUGAAGUAUUAUGCAGGGAUUUCAGUCAGUACAUACAUAAUGUCUACACAAGCACCUCUGUUCUGAUAUUUGAGCUGGAAAACACUUUUCACAGCGCAGAUCUGUUUUCAGGGCUCUGUGUAUUGUAAACUAUACUUAAGGCUGCUCUAAAGACAUCCAUUUAUGUCCAAUUCCCAUUUCCCUCUGUGUUUUGUGUGUAGCCAGUAUUGUAAACAGUGGUAUGCAGUAUAGUAAUAUGUAAAUGAUUUCAUCAUCCGUUACACAAACAUUAUAACUUGUAAAAAUCCCUCAUUUCAGUUUCUCCACCAAAGAGUACAUAGUAGACAACAAAACAUUUCAAAUCUAUAUAUUUAUGUUGCAGAAAAAACAGAAAAUACUGAAAAACAAGGCACUCGUUAUCAUACAGUAACAGAAAGCACAGCUUUUUCAUGAGAAUUUGAAACAAACGUUGAUUCCUCGCUUAAUGCAGUUUCUUCCUCCUAGGCCACAAAAGCACAAAAUAGAUUUCACACAAUUAUUGUGCACAAGUGAAUUACUAACCCUAAUUGUUGAUGUAUUGUUUUAAAGACUUAUGCACACCAGGAAUUAAUAUGUUCAGCUACAUAUAUUAACAUAUUAAGUCAGCAAUAAAUAUUUAUUUUAGAGCACAAACUUUCACUUUGGACCAAAAACAUAAUGAAUAAGAAAUAGGAAAAUCAGCAAUGGACCAAAAGAUUUAGGAACUGAAGGAACGAAAAUCCAAAUAAAGUAAUAAACUCAUCAAAUAACUUAGUAUGAACUUCUGUAAGCCUUGGACAAACUGUACAUACAUGCACAAACAACACAUUAAUGUACACAUCAAAUGCACACAGUUUCUGUAUAUGUGUGGAAUAAUGGACCUCAUUAAGUCUUAUUGAAACAGACAGACACCCCCACGUUUUCUUUGUGAUGUAGAUCUUUGACUCCUGGUUGAACUGAUUCAUUGUCGUACACACUGGUAGCAAAUAGUUGUGCAAAAACUGUCAACAAGUUCCCACUGAGCACACUCACGUUCCUGUUACAUGGAAGAGGAUACCUUUAUUUAUUUUUUUAUCACAAUAUUCAAAUCAAUGGCAUUAAGGAUUAAAUGGACUAUAUUUAUAUUCCUGUAUAUUUGCAUUGUAGAUGUGAUAAACAACAAAUAUUUAUCUUUUAAAAGUGACCAGUAUAUAUUUUCAUCUUCUGUGAUGGUUAUUUAAAUUGUAUAUCUAAAGACUUGUCUAUUUUCUAGUCUGUGUAGCUAUUUCUUUUUGUGCGAUGUGAAAAUGCUGCUGGGAGGUGAUGUGUGAUGUGAAGUGUAGUCUUUAUGGACAGCAGUAGCUGGUUGUCUGUUGUGUUCAUGAGAGCUGUGUGUUCUUCUGGCUGCAACUCCAUCACUUUAGCUUUAGCGGUCUGCUUGUUUUUAGCCACACUAGCACCACCUCCAGCAGGUCAAACUUUCCUCUUGAGCAACACACACAAUUCCUGUCUGCCUCAGAUAUAUUAAGAUGAAUGCUAAGAUAGCAUCAUGCUAAAUGUUAGCAAGCUGCUCUGCUAAUUGGGUGAAAAAGCGCUAACACGCUGUUACCUUUAGCCUGACAAGAUUAUUAGCAUACUAACUAACCUCGCAUGUUAAAUGUUUUGUUAAAUAUCACCAUGCUAACAAAUCCAUUAGUUACUAGCAUACAUGUCAAGAUGCUAACAAGCCUCGGCUCAAAUUUUGCAAAAACAGUAAAACUUCCUGUUAUUCAGACUUUGGAGUAUUACAAUUUAACCCCACUGUUUGGCUUAUAGUCAUUUAAAAAGCCUGAAUUAGCUGUUACAGUUUUGCAUAUUUGGGCAGUUCAUUAACAGGCAAUAUCAGACACAAACAAACAAUGUAGCUGUUAAGUUAGCUGAAUUUAUUCAAUCAGUGUUAAUAUUGAAAUUUGAUUUAAAUGUAACUGCCAGCCUGGCUUGCAGCCAUUUUGCCAAUAGUUUUGUUGUUAUUUUUUUUAAUCACUACUCCUGAUAUCUCGGACUUGGAAUAACUAACUUGGAAGAUGACAUGAAUCUUAAUUUCCAACUCGGUCGCUUUUUAUUAUGGUCUUAAUGAUAUGACGUGAACGCUGCAAGAGCACAGCUGAGCCCAACUUCAGCUGAGACUGAUGAAUCAGCGCUUUUAGACUGAAAGUUGAGCCAAAUCAGAAGGACCACAUUCAGACAUGUUUAUUUCGACAGAACAGCCAUUGUGUUAUGUGUUAUUUGUGUCCUUAUUUCUUCUGUCACAUUACUGGAGAUGGACUGAUACAUCGAGGCCCACAUGAGCACACAUCACGCUCAUGUCUUAACUUUGUAUGCAUCCAAAAUUCAAAACUGUCCUCAUUUUUUGCCCCUCUAGAGCUACAUUUCUUCCUUCAUCCAAUCAUCAGUUUUGUGUUCUGUGUGUAAAGAGCAUCCCUGUCUUACUGGCUAGUGUGGCUCUAAACUUAAAGUCUUGUUUUAUCUCGUCUUGUUUUAGUCAGUGUGAACCAGGCACUUCCUGCUGAGAGUGUGUCAAGUAGAGUUCUCUCCGUUGUUCAAGUCUGUAAAUAAUCUUGUGUAAUCAAGAUAGAUUUUACCCGUGUGAAGUAUAUCAUUGUCUCAAAAAGUAACUGUUUUAGCAGUAAAUGCAAUAUAAAGUAAUAAUGAAUGUGAUUAAUGCACUUUUUUUCACUCGGACUGCAAAAAACGUUAGGGUUUGUUUUGUUGUCCUCAUUGUGUAAAAGCAAUAUCAAGUUAUUAGACUGCAGAUCAAUUUAAGAUUGACACAUUAGUGUCAGAUAAUAGCAAUGAUUAGGAUCUGCCCCUUAUAGCCAAAGGGAUGUUACAACUUUUGCUUACAAGUGCUGGAGUGUGUGUGCGUAUGUAAAUAUAGUAAAUGUGUGUGUGUGUGUGUGUGUGUGUGUGUGAGUGUGAACUAUAUAUAUAUGUGUAUGUGUGUAGAUUCCUUCUUUUACCUGUGGGUGCAGGACCUAACUGAGCACACGUUUCAAGCACUGCCUGUACAGGAGACACGUUUAUAAAUGUCUCUUUAAAUUUCUCUGUCUCUCUUUCCUCAGUCAUCAUAUGAUUGUAUCAUAUUGACAAUUAUUGUAAAAAAUAUUAAUAAUAAAGUGUGGACAAGC